UUGAAUGAAUAAAGAAAAAAAAGAAAAAGAAAAAAAGAAAAGGGGAAUAAGUAAAUUACUGAUAAUCAGUCAUCUUCAAAACAAAUCAGGAGGAGCUUACAGAAUUUCCAUGCUUGUGUUUUACUGUAUGUUUGUGUUGGAAGGCAUCUAAAACUUAUCACCUACCGCUGAUAACUCCAUCUCUUCUUCUUCUUCUCUUAUUAUCCCCACUACUCACAGCUAUCAAAAUCCCAUCUUUCUCUACCAUCUUGAGGACCUUUAUAGUCAUUUUUCAGUUUUGGGUUUGGGUUUUUGUUUUUGACAAGGCUCAGGGCUGGUGUUAGAAAGCUCCAUCCCAGCUUAGAUUUGCACACAACACACACACUUAAAACAUUUUUCACACAGAAAAAAAUCCCAGAAAGGAAAAAUUUUCAAGUCUAAUGCUGGGCUAUAUAAUUGGAUUUUUUUAGGAGUGGGUUUAUUUGGGUUUCUUGAAUUGGGUAUUCGUAAACCCAUGUUGUUUAUGUUAGCUUUUGGUCGGAGAUCUGGAAAUCUGUGGUUCUGUUUCUUGUCUUGGGACAAGGAAUGUUGAAGAUGUUUCCAAGAUCUGGGCUUUGAGCAUGUCUUUGUGAAAAUCUUCUAGUAGAGGCAUCUGGAUAUCCUGAAAAUGGCUUCUGAUCUCAAUGCGGAGUUGUCCAAGAAAACUGUCAUUUUUGGUCUUAAGGUCUGGGAAGUGAUUGGUAUUGCAGUGGCACUAUUUAUUAUAAUUAUUUUAACAGUGCUGUCGCUAUGUCUAACUUCCCGGAAGAAAUCAAGAAGCGCUAGAGACAAGAUUCCUCUUAGUCAAAUCCCAGCUGUAUCCAAAGAAAUUAAGGAAGUUCGAGUUGAGCAUGUAGCUACGAGUGAAUUUGUUCCUCGUGAUGGAAUUCUUCUCACCAUUCAUGACAAAUCUAGUGACAGAGAAUCAGACAAGGUUCUGGUUCAUCUGGGAAUGGGAAAGGUGAAAAAUGGAGAGAAUAGCAGUCAGUCGGGUUCGUUUAAUCGUUUAGAGAAAGAUGGGGGUGGGUCACAAUCAGGAGAAGAAGGGAGUUCUGGGACAGUUUCUGUGUAUAAGCCAUCUUCUUCAUAUAACAUUACGGCACCAUCUCCUCUAACUGGCCUGCCUGAAUUCUCACACUUGGGUUGGGGCCACUGGUUUACAUUAAGGGAUCUUGAGCUCGCAACCAACCGAUUUUCAAAGGAAAAUGUCCUUGGUGAGGGUGGGUAUGGGGUUGUCUACCGGGGAAAUUUGAUUAAUGGGACUCCAGUGGCAGUUAAAAAGAUCCUUAACAAUGUGGGACAAGCAGAGAAAGAAUUUAGAGUGGAAGUUGAAGCAAUUGGACAUGUGCGCCAUAAGAAUUUGGUUCGUCUUCUUGGAUACUGUAUUGAGGGGAUUCAUAGGGUGUUGGUUUAUGAGUAUGUCAAUAAUGGAAAUUUGGAGCAGUGGCUUCAUGGAGCAAUGCGUCAGCAUGGAUAUCUUACUUGGGAAGCCCGCAUGAAGAUUCUCCUUGGCACAGGAAAAGCGCUUGCCUACUUGCACGAGGCUAUUGAGCCGAAGGUGGUACAUCGAGACAUUAAAUCAAGCAACAUAUUGAUCGAUGAUGACUUUAAUGCAAAGGUGUCUGAUUUCGGCCUAGCCAAGCUGCUGGGAGCUGGGAAGAGUCAUGUAACAACUCGUGUUAUGGGGACCUUUGGAUAUGUGGCUCCAGAAUAUGCAAAUACUGGCCUUUUAAAUGAAAAAAGUGAUGUCUAUAGCUUUGGGGUUUUGCUUUUAGAAGCAAUUACUGGAAGAGAUCCUGUGGAUUAUGGUCGCCCUUCCCAUGAGGUAAAUCUGGUAGAUUGGUUGAAAAUGAUGGUUGGUAGCAGGAGAUCAGAAGAAGUGGUAGACCCUAACAUUGAGACAAGACCUUCAACAAGAGCACUAAAACGAGCACUUUUGACAGCAUUGAGGUGUGUUGAUCCAGAUUCAGAAAAGAGACCCAAGAUGAGCCAGGUUGUUCGUAUGCUCGAGUCUGAGGAAUAUCCUAUAGCAAGAGAGGAUCGUAGACACCGCAGAACCCAAGCAGGUAGCAUGGAGAUUGAAUCUCAAAAGGAAUUUUCAGAUACCGAUCGGAGUGAUAAUCAGGGCUCAAGAUCAGAGAGUAGAGGGUACUAAAGGACAUAACUAAAGAUUUGAGACAUGUUGAAGUGAGCUGAGCCUAAGUUGUAACAAAUUUUUUCAACUCUUUCAUGUUUUUGGGCUUGUCUAUGUAUGCUGAUGUCAUCUGUGGGGUAUGAAGAAAGGGCUGGUCGGGUUGAAGGUGGCUUGGGAAAAAUGAUCUCCUUUUUUUUUAAUUCUUUUUAUUCUUUUUUUGAUUUUUUUUUUUUUUUGGAAUCUUUGUGUAUGAAAAUGGUGGUGUUUGUGAAGAUCCCAAACAAUUGGAGGUGUGUACAGAAUUGGAAGCUAUUCAAAGUCGUGGAUGGAUAUGUUCUUUUAGUUUAGACAAAAAGAAUAUUGCAUCACCUUAAAUUCAUUUCUAUGGUAUAUAUAACCCUGUGUAAAAUUAUUUUCCUUUA